AUGGCUGAUGAACCUCGACGUUCUGGUCGCGCGACCAAAGGCCAGCACAAGAACGCCUCUUCCUCGCCUGCUCCAACUCCAAAGCCUCCAGCGGCAGCCCCCGGCAAGGCUACGACAGCGAAGAGCAAGCCAACCAAGAAGUCUCAAGACCCAGAACCAGAGGACGAUGACGACGAGGACGAGACGAUACGCUGCAUUUGUGGCAACGACAACCCCAAAGACAAGCGCGCGUUCAUCGGGUGCGAAGCGUGCCAGGUUUGGCAGCACAACGUCUGUAUGGGAGUUCCCGACGAUGAAGACGACAUCCCAGAUCACUAUUUCUGCGAGGAAUGCGCACCAGCCGAGCAUGACGAGACUAUACAGGCCAUAAGCAGAGGCGAAAAGAUCUGGGAGGUCCGCAAUAAGAUCUUUCAGAACGAGAAGAAGAUGAGCAAGAGUAGGAAACAGAAGACCAAGAAUGGCGAAGAUUUCCGACCUGGCUGGUUGAAGAAAGACGUGCCGGCUGUGCCUGCGAAGACGCCAACACCUCCGCCUCCUACAGCGCCGGCGCCCAGCUCAUCAAAUGGCAUCCGAGACAACAGCAAUAAGCGGAAGCGCGAGGUGAGAGAGGAACCGGAGUCUCAUGAAGCCCCAGAAGAAAAGCCUGAAAAACCUGCGCGACAAGAGAAGCGACGCAAAUCAUCGGCAGCUCCCUCCAAAUCGACUCCAACACCUGCGGCAUCAGUCGACACUGACACGGCUUUGGUCGACAUUGAUCAGUUGCCGGACGAUCGGAAGAAAGUGGCAUCUUCUCUGGCAGGGGUCAUCGAGACUGACAUCCAGAAGCGCAUCAAAACAGGCUUGAAGCUCUCUGACGGUCAGACGGCGAAGUCGUCAGCUUUGCACCAUGCCGCACGGAUCGAGUACGCGCUUCAUAUGAACCACGGCGCUGGCCAAUCGGAAUAUAUUGCGCAAUUCAGGAAUCUCCUACCAAAUCUGAAGAGAAACGCGCUCCUGAUCCAACGUCUUCUCGAUGGAUCCUUGUCUGCUGACGAGCUCUCUACCAUGAGCAGCAGCGACAUGGCUAGCGAGGAACUGCAACGAGAGCGCGCAGAAAUGAAGGAAGUGCUCGACCGACAAGCAGUUGCCAUUGAGGAGCAAGGUCCAAAGUAUGCGCAAGACCACAAAGGAUACCAUCUGAUCGAAAACGAGUCGCAUGCAAGCAGUGAGGAUCGCGCACCCAAGAAUGCACCAAGCAGCAUUUCGCAGGCUCCUCCGCCUAGCGCUUCGCCUCCUCAGUCUACACAACCACCACUGGCUCUUGACACCAGCCGAGAUGGUGAACGCCGCCCUUCAAGCCAGCAAUUCGACAUGAACAACAUCUGGGCUAAGAGUGCACAGUCCCCAACUGGACCAACUCCACCCACCAUUGGCAAGCCGCUGAAAGGUGCCCCUCGACGACGCAGCUCUGCGCAUCCACCAAAGCCUCAAACCUUGAAUGGCGCAAAGGACGAUCCGGACAUUGACCGGUUGCUCGAAGACGACAAUGACGAUUACGUGCCUCCCGAUGCAGCAGGUGCCGAUGCCAUAGUCUGGCGAGGCAAGCUUGUACAAAGCUCAGAAGAGGAAGCUCCUACAGUGAACGCCCGAUUUGUGGCCGGCCGCGAUCUUGCGCCGACUGUCUCAUGGCGAUCAUUGCUUCCACAGCGAUUGUCGAUUGACGGUCGCCUCGCUAUUCAAAAGGCCGAAGACUAUGUGAGUGGCCUCCGAUGGAGCACGAGCAGUGAUGUCGCGGUUUUGUCGCUCUCACCCUACGAUAACGCCGAGGCUUUUAACAGCGUCUUUCAAUAUUUCCACUCCCGCGAGAGAUACGCUGUUGUAGAGAAGGACAAGCCGCCAAUGGUCAAGGACCUUUACAUCAUUCCAGUCGAGAAGGGGGGUGAGCUACCACCUCACCUGGACAUGCUGGAGUACUGCGCGAUCAAGAAGCCCAUCGAAGAGAGAAUGCUUCUUGCCACACUUGUCGUCGCGCGGGCACCGGAAAGCCCCACUAAAGUCGACAGCGCAGCUUCAGCGCAGUCGGUUGGUGCUAACGGGCAUCUUCCGCCAAAUGUAAGGCAGAGCAUUGGAGGACCCCAAGGCUCGCCGAUCACAAACCAGACGCCAUUCUCGCCGGCGAACAGUGCGACAGCAUCUGGCUAUGGUGCUCCAGGUGGCUUCCCGCCAAACCCUUACGGACCUCAAGCAUCGCAGCAACAACCGCCCGCUUACCCACCACCUCAGCAACAGUUUGUCGACAACCGCAUCGCCCAGGUUCUUGGCGAUUUGCAGUAUGCACCGACCGCGCAAACCAUUCUGCGGUCUGUUGAAGGAGGUCUUAGCGAUGAGCAGCUACAGAAUCUUAAGACGAUUCUAUCCGAGGAUGUCACGGCCAGGACAGACUUCGAAGCCUUGUCGAAGCGACUUGACGCGAAGCCAUAG